CCAGCAACGCACCAGUAUACGCAGGUCUGAAGCGGGCUCAAGACGUGUGACGAAUUACGCAGUUAAAAUUAAUUAAAUAAGAACUUUAUAUUUGUUCAAGUGCAAACACGCGCGGUUUUAGGGAUGAACUUCGAGCUAGAAGAAUCGCUGCUCACCCAGAGCGGACCCGUCUCGGAGAGGAUGGAGAAAUGGACGGAAGCCCAGAGGAAAGGUCAGAAAAUCGACAUAGACGUCUACGGGAAACCUUCCGAGAAGCAACUCAGGGAACUGGAACACGUGAGGAGCUUGAGCAAAGAGCUGCAGGAUAAUUUGCAUGAAUUAGAAACCGCUGUCCGCAUCGCAGAUGUGGAGAACCAGGCGAUGAACCCGACAGCACCCAUGCUGGACUACUCCGAAGACCACGAAUUCGUGUCCGCGAACCGGCUGAACAAUUGCUACGGCGACGAAGACUUGGUUGACGCCAAAGAAGAAGAAAAACGUAGACUGACCAAGGGUAAAAAGACAACGACAGAAAUACAGCAGUUUUACGCUGAUCAGAGUGUGUUUGUGACCGGUGGCACUGGGUUUCUGGGUAAAGUUUUGAUUGAAAAGUUGCUGCGCUCGUGUUCAGAUGUCGACACCGUCUACGUGCUCGUUCGAAACAAGAGGGGCAAGGACCCAAGGGACAGGGUGCACGACAUCCUUGAUGAUUUCCUGUUCCAGAGAGCGCACAAUGAGAAGCCUAAGAGCGUACACAAGGUUGUCCCCAUUUACGGUGACAUGACGCUUCCUGGGCUGGGCAUAAGCGACGAGGACAGGAAGACCCUGGUCAGCAAGGUGACAAUUAUAAUUAAUGCAGCUGCCACCGUCAAAUUUGACGAGAAGCUGAGCAUCGCGACCGCGAUCAACGUUAAAGGAACCAAGGAAGUCCUGAAACUCGCCAAGGAGUGCAGGAACUUGAAGGCGGUUACCCAUGUCUCGACCGCCUUCUCGAAUACGCAAGUCAAACACAUCGAAGAGAAGUUCUACGACUCUCCGAUGUCGGUGGAGACUUUGGAGGCUGUUUCGGAGCUAGACGAUGAACUGAUCAAUAGCAUACUGCCUACUCUCCUCGGCAAAAGACCAAACACAUAUUGCUUCACGAAGGCAGUCGCUGAAGAGGCGGUGAGGAGAUACGGAGAAGGACUGCCUAUUUGUAUUUUAAGACCAUCCAUAGUUGUGUCUACGUAUGAGGAGCCGGUGCGCGGCUGGACGGACAGCGUGUACGGUCCCACGGGGCUCGUCGUGGGCAUCGGCACAGGGGUUCUACGCACUAUGUACAUGGACUUAGAGAAGGUAGCCGACAUGGUCCCCGUGGACUACACCGUGAACGCCAUACUGGUUUCGGCGUGGCACACCGCUAAGAACUUCAAAGAGAAUCAAACAUCGCACAUACCGAUCUAUAAUUAUGUGUCCGGAGCCCAGAAUCCUAUCAAAUGGGGCGAAUUCAUAGAUUUGAAUCGAAAAUACGGUAUCGACAAACCCACUACGAAGGCUGUGUGGUACUACGGAUUGAAUCCGACCAACAAUUACUACAUGUUCCUGUUUUACAAUUUCUUCUUGCACUAUCUACCGGCGCUUUUUGUCGACAUAUACUUCAUCCUGGCGGGCAAGAAGGCUACGAUGGUGAAGAUCUACAAGAAGGUGAUGAAGCUGACCAACAUCCUGUUCUACUUCUCGACCCAGGACUGGCAGUUCAGCGACAACGGAGUCCGGGACAUGUGGGGCUCGCUGCCGGACGACGACAAAGUCAUAUUCCCGUUUAACAUAGCCGAUAUGUCCUGGGACUAUAUGUGCGAGACCUUCCUAGUCGGACUUCGUGUGUAUCUACUUAAGGACGACCUGUCCUCUCUGCCCGAAGCCAGAAAAAAAUGGACAAGAUUAUUCAUCCUGCAUCAAAUUGUGAAGCUCGUCACUCUUAGUUUUGUUUUGUAUUUAGCCUAUGUAAUACUAAAACCGAUCGUAUCUUUGUUUGUGGCUUGAGUAACUGUAUCUUAGUCUGAAUAAUUAAAAUUAAGAUAUUUAUGUUUGUACAGACACGAUGGUUGCGGAUAAAAUUGUUACAGUGACAUCUAGCGAUGAAAUUCAAAACCAUGAAGUAUUUUUUGUUAUUUUAAUGACAUCUAGUGGUUGGACACGCGAAGAAUAAAUAUUCUAUGUUAAAAAAACUUAAAACUGAGCAAUGGCAGCGAACAUAAAAUAUUUACAAAAAUAUAUGUUAUCAAGACAAAUUCGGUUAUUUAUAGAAAUAUUACCAAUUUAAAGCAGAUUAUUAUGAGAUUUAUUUAAUUUGUGAGAGAUUUUAAACGAGAUUUUAAUUACAGUAUUUAAUAUUAUAAAAUUAAAUAAGUAUGUACUUACUUAAUUGUUGGACGUGUCGGUGUUUAAUUAAGCAACAAAGAAAAGAGGUUAGACAGUGUUUAAAAUAUGUACAAAUACACAAAUAAAACAGGUUUUAGAAUAAAAUAAUAAUGAAAUAUUACAGCUUUGGCGCGCUCUUAGUUUUUUUUAAA